AUGAAUCCCUUAGCCACCCGGGCGCCUCUUCGAGCAGGCCCGCUUCCUAGGGCCUAUGCUCCCACUGUUAUGGUACGGAGAUCGCUGAAGCCAACGGCUGUUUCUGGAAUGCGGAUGUCCAGCAGUGACUCCAAAGUGAGAGGCAACCGGUCCAUCUCGUCUUCACAGAAGAACCAGGCCACAAAUGGGAUUUUUCUUGCACCACAAGCUCCUCACAUCAGGGAUUUGGAAACAGCAUGGACUCAUCCUGUGUAUACCUAUGAUCAGAUGCGUGAUGUCCGAGUAGCUCACCGCUCAACAAAGAAUUGGGCCGACUGGGUGGCACUAGCAGCUGUUCGCCUGCUGCGAUGGGGAAUGGACACUGCAACUGGAUACCGCCAUCCUCCCAAGGGUCAAGAGAAUGUGUCCAAGUUUGUCAUGACUGACAAAAAAUGGAUCACUCGGUUUAUUUUCCUCGAAAGUGUCGCUGGGGUACCGGGAAUGGUUGGAGGUACCCUUAGGCAUUUAAGAAGUCUGAGGCUCUUGAGGAGAGAUAACGGAUGGAUUGAGACUCUCUUGGAAGAGGCAUACAACGAACGCAUGCAUCUUCUUACCUUCCUCAACGUCGCCCGUCCCGGGCUCUUCAUGCGUCUCAUGGUUCUUGGAGCGCAGGGUGUGUUCUACAACGGCUUUUUUCUCUCCUACCUGAUCUCACCACGCAUCUGUCACCGUUUUGUCGGCUACCUCGAGGAGGAGGCGGUCAUUACUUAUACACGCGCCAUCAGUGACAUCGAGGAAGGAAGGGUUCCCGAAUGGGCGAACAUGCCGGCACCGGAAAUUGCUGUUCAGUACUGGAAAAUGCCGGAGGGCAAUCGCACCAUGAAGGAUCUGCUGCUGUACGUGCGCGCAGAUGAGGCCAAGCAUCGUGAGGUGAACCACACGCUGGCCAACCUGAACCAGGAGAACGACCCCAACCCGUACGCUGCCAGAUACAAGGAUCCUAAGCAGCCUCAUCCGUCGAAGGGUAUUGAACAUCUCAGAGAAACUGGAUGGGAGAGAGAAGAGGUCAUCUAA